AUGCAGAAGAGCGUGCGCUACAACGAGGGGCACGCCCUGUACCUGGCCUUCCUGGCCCGAAAGGAGGGCACCAAGCGCGGCUUCCUGAGCAAGAAGGCAGCCGAGGCGAGUCGCUGGCACGAGAAGUGGUUCGCUCUCUACCAGAAUGUGCUCUUCUACUUCGAGGGCGAGCAGAGCGGCCGCCCGGCGGGCAUGUAUCUCCUGGAGGGCUGCAGCUGCGAGCGGACGCCCGCGCCGCCCAGGGCCGGGGUCGGGCCGGCCGGCGCCCGGGACGCGCUGGACAAGCAGUAUUACUUUACCGUUCUUUUUGGCCAUGAAGGUCAGAAACCCCUGGAGUUGCGCUGUGAGGAGGAGCAGGAUGGUAAAGAGUGGAUGGAGGCCAUUCAUCAAGCCAGUUAUGCAGACAUUUUGAUUGAGAGAGAAGUGUUAAUGCAGAAGUACAUUCAUCUAGUUCAGAUCGUGGAGACGGAAAAAAUUGCAGCUAACCAACUCCGGCAUCAACUUGAAGAUCAAGAUACAGAAAUUGAAAGACUUAAAUCAGAGAUUAUCGCUCUUAAUAAAACCAAGGAACGAAUGAGGCCUUACCAAAGUAAUCAAGAGGAUGAGGAUCCAGAUAUCAAGAAGAUUAAAAAGGUUCAGAGCUUCAUGAGAGGAUGGUUGUGUAGAAGGAAAUGGAAGACCAUUGUGCAGGAUUACAUUUGUUCUCCUCAUGCCGAAAGCAUGAGGAAGAGAAACCAGAUUGUGUUCACCAUGGUUGAAGCUGAGUCGGAGUAUGUUCACCAGCUCUACAUCCUGGUCAAUGGCUUCCUCCGGCCCCUGCGAAUGGCGGCCAGCUCCAAGAAGCCUCCCAUCAGCCAUGAUGAUGUCAGCAGCAUUUUUCUCAACAGUGAAACAAUUAUGUUUCUUCAUGAAAUAUUUCAUCAAGGACUGAAGGCAAGGAUAGCAAACUGGCCUACCUUAAUUUUAGCUGAUCUGUUUGAUAUUUUGCUCCCCAUGUUGAACAUUUAUCAAGAAUUUGUGCGUAAUCACCAGUACAGCCUCCAAGUGCUUGCCAAUUGUAAGCAAAACCGAGAUUUCGACAAACUCUUAAAACAGUACGAAGCCAACCCUGCGUGUGAGGGGAGGAUGCUGGAAACAUUCUUGACCUAUCCAAUGUUCCAGAUCCCCAGGUAUAUCAUCACACUUCACGAACUCCUAGCUCAUACACCCCAUGAGCAUGUGGAAAGGAAAAGUCUGGAGUUUGCUAAGUCAAAACUAGAGGAACUGUCCAGGAUAAUGCAUGAUGAAGUGAGUGACACUGAAAACAUAAGGAAGAACCUUGCCAUAGAAAGAAUGAUCGUAGAGGGUUGUGAUAUUUUGCUGGACACCAGCCAAACUUUUAUCCGCCAAGGUUCUCUUAUUCAAGUACCUUCUGUUGAGAGGGGGAAACUUAGUAAAGUUCGCCUGGGUUCACUGUCUUUGAAAAAGGAAGGAGAAAGACAGUGCUUCUUAUUUACAAAACACUUUUUAAUUUGUACAAGAAGUUCAGGAGGAAAGCUGCAUCUGCUCAAGACAGGUGGGGUUCUCUCUCUAAUAGAAUGUACUUUGAUUGAGGAGCCCGAUGCAAGUGAUGAUGACUCCAAAGGUUCUGGACAAGUGUUUGGACAUCUAGAUUUUAAAAUAGUAGUGGAGCCUCCUGAUGCUGCCCCAUUCACUGUAGUCCUGUUGGCACCUUCACGUCAGGAGAAAGCUGCCUGGACGAGUGACAUAAGUCAGUGUGUGGACAAUAUACGGUGUAAUGGUUUAAUGACUAUAGUAUUUGAAGAGAAUUCCAAAGUUACUGUGCCACAUAUGAUUAAGUCUGAUGCCCGUCUUCAUAAAGAUGACACCGACAUUUGCUUUAGUAAAACACUCAACUCCUGCAAAGUGCCCCAGAUCCGCUAUGCCAGCGUGGAGCGCCUUCUGGAGCGGCUGACAGACUUGCGGUUUCUUAGUAUUGAUUUCCUCAAUACCUUUCUGCACACCUAUCGUAUUUUCACUACGGCAGCUGUGGUGCUGGCGAAACUUUCCGACAUAUACAAGAGGCCUUUUACCUCCAUCCCCGUCAGGUCAUUAGAAUUGUUUUUUGCUACCAGCCAGAACAGUAGAGGUGAACAUUUGGUAGAUGGCAAAUCCCCACGCCUGUGUCGCAAAUUCUCUUCCCCACCACCACUGGCUGUGUCCAGGACGUCCUCCCCAGUGAGGGCCAGAAAGCUGUCCUUGACUUCUCCAUUGAACUCAAGGAUAGGAGCAUUGGACCUGACCACCUGCUCAGCGUCCAGCAGCCCUACCACCACCCACAGCCCUGCUGCAUCCCCACCGCCGCACACUGGUAAAGUACCGUUGGAUCUUAGCAGAGGCCUUCCUUCUCCAGAACAAAGCCCGGGAUCUGUAGAAGAGCAUGUAGAUAAUCCCCGCGUGGAUCUGUGUAACAAGCUAAAACGAAGUAUUCAAAGAGCUGUCCUAGAGUCUGCACCAGUGGACCGAGCAGGAGUGGAAAGCUCCCCGGUGGCGGACAGCUCAGAACUUUCACCUUGCCGGUCACCCUCAACUCCUCAGCACCUCCGCUAUCGUCAGCCUGUAGGACAGACGGCUGACAACUCUCACUGCUCGGUUUCGCCUGCUUCUGCUUUUGCAAUUGCCACAGCGGCUGCAGGACACGGGAGUCCACCAGGAAAUGGCGUCAUUGUCUACCCAGCUGCGGAGGCCCCAAACAGCGGAUUCAACAACACUGAGAGAACAUGCGACAAAGAGUUUAUUAUUCGGAGAACAGCCACCAAUCGAGUACUGAAUGUCCUCCGUCACUGGGUCUCAAAGCACGCGCAGGAUUUUGAGCUCAACAACGAACUAAAAAUGAAUGUCCUAAAUUUGCUAGAAGAAGUUUUGCGAGACCCAGACCUUCUUCCCCAAGAAAGGAAAGCCACGGCGAAUAUUCUGAGGGCCCUUUCACAAGAUGAUCAAGAUGACAUCCACCUAAAAUUAGAGGAUAUAAUUCAACUGACAGACUGUCCGAAGGCUGAGUGCUUUGAGACCUUGUCAGCCAUGGAGCUGGCUGAGCAGAUCACCCUCCUGGACCACAUCAUUUUCAGAAGCAUUCCCUACGAAGAAUUUCUUGGGCAGGGGUGGAUGAAGCUGGAUAAAAAUGAAAGAACACCUUACAUUAUGAAAACCAGCCAGCACUUCAAUGAUAUGAGCAACCUGGUGGCCUCCCAGAUAAUGAAUUAUGCCGAUAUCAGCUCCCGUGCCAACGCAAUAGAGAAGUGGGUGGCAGUGGCGGACAUUUGCCGAUGCCUGCACAACUACAAUGGCGUGCUGGAGAUCACCUCGGCCUUAAACCGAAGUGCCAUCUAUAGGCUGAAGAAAACCUGGGCCAAGGUGUCCAAGCAGACAAAAGCUCUAAUGGACAAACUUCAGAAGACUGUUUCAUCUGAAGGAAGAUUUAAAAAUCUCAGAGAAACCCUUAAAAACUGUAACCCCCCAGCUGUUCCUUAUCUGGGGAUGUACCUGACAGACCUAGCAUUUAUUGAAGAAGGAACACCAAACUUUACCGAGGAAGGCCUUGUCAAUUUCUCCAAAAUGAGAAUGAUAUCACACAUCAUCAGAGAGAUACGCCAGUUCCAGCAGACUUGCUAUCGAAUAGACCAUCAGUCAAAGGUGACUCAGUACCUGCUUGACAAAGCCCUCAUCAUAGAUGAAGAUACGCUGUAUGAACUGUCACUAAAAAUUGAACCUCGGCUCCCUGCUUGAAGAUCUGGCCUUGCCCCUGACUCCGUAGAAUUCUCAUGGAAAGUGGGACGGACAGAACUGAGCCAUGCAUGCCAUGCCUCCCACCGUGCAGUGUGGACCAGGGAUAGAGACAAAGCCAGUCUCCUUUGUCCACUGAAGAAGAUGGAACCCAACUGGAAUUCUGUCUCCAGCCAGGGAAGCCCAGCUGUUUGGGGUCAAAGACAGAUGCUUCAGACUUGGGUGGGAAGGUGAAAAGACUGAUCCUUAGUAAAGCUGAUGGUACAUUUUUCAUAAGGGAAUGUAAUAUAGGAGAUGCUGGUAGCCAUUGUAAUGAAGCAGGUAAGAAGGUAGAUUUCAGAGUUUGCCCGUGUUCCGUUAGAACUCAGGGACAAAGAUCUGUGGAAAAGGCCUGAGCUGCUUGUCUGGCACUUUACUGGCUUGGGUACAACUACCAACUUUCUCCUAGGGUUUAACUGCUUCUGUUAUGUUUUCUUUAUUAUAAGCUUCCAGAAAAGCUGAGGCUUCCUCUUCAGGGAUGGACCACCACACGAGCAAUUUCAGUGUACAAGCAUGUGCAUGGUUUUCAGUGCAUUCUAAAUAUUUACAUUGGAGGGAUGGCAUGUUCUGAAACUGCUUUUUUGGUUUUUAGGCAACAGGAUAGGAAAGACGUGAUGAAAGUCAAGUGAAUGCAACUUAAAAAAAAAAAAAAACAAAAACAACUCAAUAGGCUUUGCCCGUGGUUCCUGCCUGGCAGCUGACUUCAAGUGGGGCGGGGCUUCCUCCUGGGGCUGUGGUGCCCAAGAAGCCAGUGCCCUCAGAGAGGCAGGCGCGGAGUUUGCAAAAAGGUGCCUGCACACCUCCCCAAGAACGCUGUGGGGUAGGACAGAGGGCCACCAAGCGCUGUGGGGGUUUUAGGCUGAGCGAUCAGAUAUCCUUGAAAAUUAUCACUGCACCUUGCUGUGCUUGUUCCCCACCACCCUCCCCGCAGUAAUGUGGGGACUUUUUCUUAUUUAUACAAACCAUUUUUCGGCUCACUAUGAAUACUGGCUGUGUUUUUAAAACGUUGUUUAAUGGGAUCUUCUUUUUAAAACCCACACUUCUGUGUGCUGUUGGUAGACAGUUCUUCCCCGGUCAUCUUUGUUUUUAACUUUAGGGAUAUUUAUGACUGAAAGUACUGGGAGUGUAUGGGAAAUGGGACCAACCACUCAACAGCUCUUAUAUCAGAAAACUAAGGGCAGGACUUAGUUCUUCUGUCGUGUGCUGGGGAAGUGACCUUACUCUUCCCAGGAUUGUUGGUUGUUGAAGAAAUAGGGCUAUCUCAUGUUUACCUCCCUCUUCUCUUCUCAGGGAGAUCUCUGCUUUAAAAGAAGAAAGAGAAAAAGAUAACAGAGUUAUUGUUACCUGAGCCUAUUGCACCUGACAUUUUCUCUUAGAGGCAUGAAGUAUGUUAAUGCUGACCAUGAAAAAACUGAUCUAUCUAGCUGCUUUCCUUCCUUCUUUGCACUUUAAUUAUGUUGUUAUAACUAAUGGCUGACUAAUAAAUUCAACUUGCUGGCUCAUAAGACCCAGUGGAAAUUCUAGCCUUCAUAAUGUACCAUAGAGGUGGAGAAUGUAUAUUUUUCCUGCAUGGUAAGCGCCAUCUCUGUACAUAGCUAUAUAGUGAAAUACCAAGUAAGCAAAAGAAAAUAUUUAUAAUAUUUGAAGGCCAUUCCAAAAAUAUUUUCAAUAGCUCAUAUUAGCCAACAGUGUAGCACUAAACCCAAGGAGGGUUAUUUAUGGAUGCUUUAUUUUUCUUUUUUUGAAAAGCUGCUUGUCUGUUCUCUUUAGUUUCAAAUAAGAGGUUGAUGCACCUUGAUGCAUGAUAAGCAUGGGUUGUUUGGAUCCUAACAAUGCAUAUCUUGCAAUUUAUUUCUCAGUGUUCAAAAACUGAGCAUUCGAACUAAUACAUGUCAAUUGCACCAAGCACCUCAAGGUCUUGCAGAAGAAAAGGAAAAUAAAGGUUAACUUUCUUGGCUCAAAACCAGUCUUGGAAGGUGGACUAAACCAGGAAAAAUCCCUGACAGGACCACACGCAUAGUAGUUUCAGGCAAAACAACAUGUGGAAACGUCCAUGCGGUCUGCUUUGAGGUCCCCAGAGUCUUCCAGAGGGGAAGAGGUCACUCUGUGUGCACUUCCCCGGGGAAGUUUGGACCCUUAUUUCCCUGACGCAGAUGUUCCUGAGGCACUGCAGCCAAUCUUACUAAAGAAAAAUGGGAGCUAGAGGAAUUUCCAAAGGCUCCUCCCCUUUUGGAGAGCUGUGGUUUCCUCAACGAAUGACAAAGCUUUCUCGCCUAUUUCCUGCAGAAUGUUGGAAGCGCCCCCUAGUGGUCAUCCACGGGCACUGUCAAUUGCUAUGGUGACCCUUAGCGUUUUACUGAGUUAUGCGUCCUUCCUGCUUUCUGGAGUCUGAAGCCUUUGCUGGAGCUGCGAAAGUGAGGACUCCACCUCCAAGGAGCUCCUUUUCAUGACCUGUACCAUUUCUGGGCCAUCUGGGAAAAGAACGUGCAUUUUAAAAACCUCACUUUGGUCACGUUUAAAAUCCCCAAGAGCAGUUUGCAGUGCUUCUUCUGAUUGUUAAAGCACUCAUCCUCUUCUGCCUUGCAAGCUUUGUAUUUACUGUUGGAGUGUGCACUCCCAGCUGUGUCUGCCUAUAUUCCAUUAUAUGAGACCCAUUUCUAAGAGUAGAAGGCAGGUCAGCCUCUCACAACCAAAUAGCAAACACUUGAAUUGUUACCAAAUUAACCUAGAAAAUCAGAAGUAAAAGCCAAUUUCAUGCUUUCAGAUGAAUACCCACAUUUUGUACUGUCUAUGAAAUUAUCUUGGGGCUUUUAGGGGAUGCCUUCGGUUAUUAACUAAGACAUCCACUUUUGCUGCAGGGACAAAUCUCUUACUUAAGCCAGUAUAUUAUGUGACAGACUUAGGCAUGAAGUAGAACGUUGUCACUUGUCCUUAGUGUUUCUCUGAAGGAAUUUAAAGGGAGAAUUUUAAACUACUGUUGCAAUAGUUUUGAGUGGCUCUCACACAAAGCCCCCAGUACUUUGUUAGAUUUCAUACAUGUUAAAGUACUGCUUAAAAACAAAUGAAACUCAUAGAUACUGAAUAACUUGGAAGAGAAAAAUCCAUCACAUUCCAAUUUGGAGUAUAUGAUGAGGGACCAGUUCGUCUUCUCUCACAAAACUUUGGGUUGGUAAUGACUGGGCCACUUUUAAAUUCUUAACUGAAAAGAGUAAUACAAUAGAGGGGUUAUUCCACCCCCCUGCCAAAUCAAUGUUUAUUUUAAAAUAAAGGAUUUUAUUUAGAUUUCUUUUCAAAGUUUGAUUUUAUCCCCCCUGAAAAAAAAUGAUUCUCUUUGCUUUAAAUAUUUUUUUAAUCUAACCUGUGAAGUUUCCCAUUUUUACUACUUUUGAAAUGGGGUAUAUUAUAUAUGGGAUAUAUAUUAUGUGGGAUAAAUAAUACAUUAUUUAUGACUAAAGAUUAGAGCCAGAACAGAGCCAGGCUAGUGCCCACAGCCAGAAGGAAUAAAUGAACAAGAUUCAUUUUCAUUUCAAUAAGAUACCAGACUGUAAGUUUAGAUAAUGACUGAUUACAGAUGCCACUACAUGAAUCCUGAUAAUAAGACUUGGGUCAAUGAAAUCUAAUCAUAGUGUCAUUUUUCCAUGGCUGUGAGUGACUUAAAAUUAAGGCAGGGCAUAGCUAAAGUAGAAAACCAUUUUGUUGUACGUAUAAACACAUGGAUGAUUCAGGAAAGUAUUUAUCUUGGCUACCACACAGCAUGACAUUAACAUUAGGUUGAUUGUACUUGACCUCAUCUGCUCAAGAAAAAGAAUAGUUCUACUUGAUAUUGAACCAGUGUCUUUUGCACAGCCCAUUUUGUCUAUCCCUAGAAAGUCAGUAGUGAAAGAGCUGGACGAGGUGCCCUAGCCCUGAGUCCUAGGCCCAGAUCUACAUCUGCAAGCUGGGAGACCUUAGGCCAGCGCCGAAGCCUUCUUGAGCCUCAGUUUCCUCGUCUGCAAAAUGAGCUAAGAGUGACUCCUGUGCUGCCUACCUCACAGGGCUGUCAUCAGGACAAAAUGGGUUAGACUGUAAUCUGUAAAGUGCUGUCCAAAUGUGAGGCAACAUGAUUACCAUCCUCAUCUCUCUUUGGCAAAGAAUUAUUUAAAUGUAUUUCUUUCUUAUUUGUGUGUGCAAGCGUGAUGGACAGACCCAUGUGUUACUUUGAGAAGUGUAUUGUUUGUGUCCAGUAACUUUGCAAAUCUGCUGCCAUUUGUGAUUCUAACAGAGGGGUUUGUGAUGUGUCCUAACACUUGCCAGGUGGGGUGUGGGUUACACCUAUAUGCAAAUUAAAUUUCGCCUUUCUUGAUUCUCAAAAA